AUGGGGAAGCCUCAGCUCCUUGCCAGCAGCCAGGUGCUGGCACGGACAGACGCACACGCCAUGGGCUUCCCUGGCCUGCUAGGAACCUGCGGGCUCCGAGCUGUGGUGCCUGACUACAACCUCAUGAAUUAUUACUAUGGCAAUCUGGCUUAUGACUACGGCUUGACACGCAUCGUGGGAGGCUCAGAUGCCUUGCCAGGGACCUGGCCCUGGAUUGUCAGCAUCCAGCACCCUUGGGUGCCAGACCUGGGACAUUGGUGUGGAGGGUCUCUCAUCAGCACGCAGUGGGUCCUCACAGCAGCUCACUGCUUCGACAAGAUUGAUAAUAUCAGCAUGAUGUCCGUGGUGAUUGGAGCCACCCAGUUGUCUCAGCCGGGCCCUGGGGCCGCAGUGCGCAGUGUCAAGCAGGUGGUGCUACACCCAUACUACAAUCCUGAUGACAUGAGCUAUGAUAUUGCCCUGAUGGAAUUGGACCAACCUGUCCAGUGCAGCCCUAACAUCCAGCUUGCCUGUGUGGCUCACCCCACUCUUAAAGUGUCAGAGCUGCAAAACUGCUGGGUGGCUGGCUGGGGUUCUACUGCUGCUAGAGCUCAAGAUUCAAGUGAUCGCCUCCAGGAGGCCAGCGUCAAGCUCAUCAAUGUCCAGCUCUGCAACAGCAGUGACUGGUAUGCAGGGGAAAUCCACACCCACAACUUGUGUGCUGGCUACCCAGAGGGCAACAUCGACACCUGCCAGGGUGACAGCGGUGGUCCUCUCAUGUGCCAGGACAACAACGCUGACUACUGGUGGGUUGUUGGAGUAACCAGCUGGGGAAAAGGCUGUGCCAGGGCGAGGCAGCCUGGAGUCUACACCUCAACUCGGUACUUCUAUGACUGGAUCCUGGCCUACACAGGCACAUACACAGUUGGAAGGGAUUCUCCAACAUCACAAGGCUGGAGUCAUUUUAUGACCCCCCACCAAACAAUUCAGAACCCAUGGCCAGCACGACCCCCCCCAACACCAUUGGGUGAGGUUAGCUCCUGCCCAUUUCCACUCAACAAACUGGUAAACUUCUUUACAAAGGUGAAGAAACUCCUUCAACAGGAUCUUGGACUGAACACAGUUUGA